AUCUAAAAUAACCGUGCAAACUCAGCAGUUCAGCGCAGCUGUCAAAUCAUAAAGCGGUUUUCGCUGAUUAUUCGAGUGCGUGUGAAAAUACGAAAAAAUGGCCAGCCUAUCGGACGAGGAAGUUCCCGUAACAGAAGAAACAGGACGCCGCUCAACGCGGUCCACGCGUAGUGCCAAGAAUGCUGCUACACCGGUUCCCCCCACCCCCACCAGAGCGUCUCGCCGAGGCAAAAAAGCCGAAUCAGUGGCGCCAAUGGAGACGGAACCGGAACCGGAAGUGCCGGUUGUCCUUGAAAGUGAAGAGGUGCCAAUGGAAUCGGAAGAACCGGACACCAAACAAGUAAUGGAACAACUGCAAGACCUUAUCGUCCCGGUCAUAGGCACUGAGCAAAAGUUGGCCGAUGAGCCGGAUUCGAACAAUCUGUUCGAUGCGAUCCAGCAAGAAGAAGAAAAAGCGCAAAACGAAGAAGAUAAUCAAGAGCCCGCCUUUGAGGAGGAUGUUUCGUUCAUUCCGAAUGACGACGAAGAGAAAGAAUUGAAUGGGGCAGAUAACGGGGAUGAAAUUACUGGAAGCAGUGACAAUGCCUUGGCCGAGGGUCUCGCCAACGGUUUGACCGAGGAAGAUUCCAAGAACACUGAUUUGGAUGCCGAAAUGGUUUCCGAUGAGGAACUUCCUCAGCCAGUCAAGGAGAAGGUACACGAUGCAGAGGAAGUGUCCGAUGAUGAGCUGCCUGGUCCGAAGGCCGCCGAGUUGCCAGCUGAAGCGGAAGUUGUGUCUGAAGAUGAGCUACCAGCAACUAGUAAAGCAGAAAUUCCGGAAGAUGCAGUUCAGGUCUCAGACGAAGAACUUCCACCGCCUCAAGCUGCUAAGCUUCCGGAGGAUGCGGAUCAGAUUUCGGAUGAAGAGUUGCCCCCACCGCAGAAGGCCAAGAUUCCGGAAGACGCUGACCAAGUUUCGGACGAAGAGCUACCGUUGCCUCAAACAGCUAAACUUCCGGAAGGCGCCGAUCAGGUAUCCGACGAAGAACUACCUCCACCACAAAAAGCAAAACUACCGGAAGACGCUGAAAGGGUUUCGGACGAAGAGCUUCCGGUGGAUGAACCUACCCCGGAGAAAAAGAAACGCAAGUCAGAGGACGAAGAAAAAGGUACUACGGAGAAGAAGGUCAAAGUCGUUGAGACUUCCGCGGGAGAUUCCGCAAAGGGGUCUGAAUCAACAGAGAAGGAGAAAAAGGAAUCCAGCAAGCGCAAGAUGGAAAAGGAUGAAGGGGCUUCCGAUAAGUCAAGUGAAGCUCCGGAGAAAAAAAUUAAAGCCGAUCCUCCGCCAGAGCCGGAGAAGAAGAAACUACCCGAUUUGGACAAAUAUUGGAAAGCGGUCAACGAUGAUUCCACCGAUUUCACCGCUUGGACUUAUUUGUUGCAAUACGUUGAUCAAGAGAGUGAUAUAGAGGCGGCCCGGGAAGCGUACGACGCCUUCUUGUCUCACUAUCCGUACUGCUAUGGCUACUGGCGCAAGUACGCUGACUACGAGAAGCGCAAGGGCAGCAAGCGCAAAUGCGAGGAGGUAUUUGAGCGAGGUCUCAAGGCCAUCCCGCUUUCGGUGGAUCUGUGGAUACACUUUCUGACCCACGUGAGAACCAGCCAGCCGGAUGAGGAAGAAAUUAUUCGGACCCAGUUCGAGCGGGCCUUAACGGCUUGCGGGUUGGAGUUCCGAUCCGAUAAACUUUGGGAGGCGUACAUCAAGUGGGAAACCGAGGGCAAACGAAUUCAACGCGUUGUGGCGCUGUACGAUCGACUGCUGGCUACUCCCACCCAGGGCUACGCCAACCAUUUUGACCACUUCAAAGAAGUAGUGAACAACAAUGCGGUUCACACUUUAGUUAGCAAGGAAGAAUUCCUGGAGCUGCGAGCAUACGUUCGGGAAUCGGCUCGUAAACGCAAGGAAGAAAAAGAGAAGAAACGUUCAGUCUCUAGCGACAAGGAAAAGGAAAAGGAAAAGGAUCGCAAGGAGAAGGAAAAACAUCACGAUGAAAAGACCAAGGAAAAGUCAAAAGAAAAAAGUGAUAAAGAACAAGCGUUAGAGGCGAAACCGGAGAAAGAAGGCGAUGAGCCAAUGGAAACGGAUGAAGGCAAACCGGCAACAGACGGUGCAGAAGUGAAGGAGGAUGAGAAAGAGAAUAAGGAACCGGUCGAAGAGGAAAAGCCGGCGGAAGUGAUAGAGCCAGAAGAGGAAAAGGAAGCCGACGAUCAUGUGAAUAGUCCGGAAGAAGCGGACACUAUUAAGGACAAAAUUAUUUCACGACGCAAAAAAGUUCACAAAGCCACAGUUGCUGCGGUCACGGCUCGUUGGACCUAUGAAGAGGGCAUCAAGAGGCCAUAUUUCCACGUGAAGCCGUUGGAGCGUUGUCAACUUAAAAAUUGGAAAGAAUAUCUGGAUUUCGAAAUCGAGCAAGGCGAUGAGAAACGCAUUUUGGUACUCUUUGAACGGUGCCUCAUCGCGUGCGCUUUGUACGACGAUUUCUGGCUGAAGCUGGUGCGAUACCUGGACGGCCGAAUCACCGAACCGGAAGUCGUUCCGAAAAUUAGGGAUGCCUACGAGCGUGCUUGUACAAUUCAUCACCCCGAUAAGCCAAGUCUGCAUUUGAUGUGGUCCGCGUUUGAGGAAACUCAAGGAAAUGCCAAUAAAGCGGCUGAAAUUUUGGUAAAUUUGGAAAAAGUUUGUCCCAAUUUGAUGCAGAUCGCCUAUAGAAAGAUCAACCUGGAACGACGCCGAGGUGAUCACGAUAAGUGCGCGCAAUUGUACCAAACCUAUAUUGGUCAAGCCAAGAGCAAAUCCAUUGCAGGCAAUUUGGUCAUCAAAUAUGCACGGUUCCUGCACAAAAUUCGUAAAGAUAUCGAGCAAGCGCAUAGUGUGCUGAAAAACUACUUGGAAAAGGAUCCCCUGAACACUCGUGUGGCACUACAGCUGAUAGAUCUUUCGCUGCAACGGGAAACGGUCAACGAAAAAGAGGUGGUCGAGAUCAUGGACCUUUUCAUGGGCAGCGAUGGUCUCGAGUCGGAUCAGAAGAUAUUAUUCGCCCAGCGCAAGGUGGAAUUCCUAGAAGAUUUCGGAAGCACCGCUCAGGGACUGCAGGACGCGCAGAAGGACCUGCAAAAGAUUAUGACAAAGGCGAACGAGACUAAGAAGAAGAGGGAACAAUCUCCACCGAAGAAAGCAUCGAAGGAUGCAAAUAUCAGUGCGACCGCCGGAAACACGUCCUCCUCCGCGGCUUACGCAACUGCGGCCAGUAGCUACGGCAGCUACGGGGCCAAUGCUUCGUCUUACUACGGAGCCACCUCUAGCCAGCCCUAUCAGUACGAUAGUUCAUCGUACGGCUACAGCACCUGGAAUCAGCAAUAUUCCCAGUCCGGUUACGGCAACUACACCGGCCAGUGGAGCGGCUAUGGAAGUUACUACUAGGAAGAUGACGACGACGAGCGCUUUCGUGUGGAUUUUUCUUAUUUAGACAACAAUCAGGUUUUAACACUUUAGUUUGUAAUUUUCGUUUUUACAACGCAAAUUGUUUGAGACGAUAGGGCCUUUUAGCUCCGUAAGUAACAAUCUAACCAUUUUGCCGCGUAGCAGAAAACGAACGCUACUAGUGUAUGGGUCAUAAUUGCUUUGGAAGAGAUUUCCGUUAGCUCCCCGGAGCAAGGCUUCUCAUUUAGUUUAUAAAUGGACAAAAAGAGACUUAUACUUUUCUGAUGACCACACACUAUGAGUGUGCUUUUCGGCUAUUCGGAACACUGUAUUCCAUGGCACCACGGAUGAUGCUUUUUUCCCAGGCAGUUGCAUCGGUUUUCUUAAUGCACACUGAAUAAAACACAAUGAUUGUCAUUAUGUGCAGAUAUUGCUCACGUUUUAUUGAAUUCCAAAAUACCUAGAUAAAAAAAGGAAAUGAAAGACAAAAAUUUAGUCCUCGGUAAUCUGGAGGGAAUAAAACGAUAACUAAUAUACCAGACCACAAA